AUGGAGAAGGCAAAGCAGGCAGUCAACGACUUCGUGUCUGGCGACGGACACCACAAGACCACCAUCACCCAAGAUGCCAACCAGGCUGUCACCACCGAGCAGGUGCGCCCUCACCAGCACGAGAACGUGACGACUGCCGUCGACAGAGAGGUUCACCAAGAUCAUCAUCACACCACGGUUCAGCCUAUCCAGCACAAGGAGACUCUUCCUGAGAAGCACCACCACAAUGUGCUCCCUACUGAGCACAAAGAGUUCCACCAUGGCAAUGAGUCCGAGACUAGGGAUACACUCAACCGUGAACACGCGAAGUUCAAGAACACUUCGACCACUCACGAAACAACUCACACAUCCACCACUGCCCCUGCCGUGACCGGCGAGCGCGUGCACCACCACGUGCACGAGCACAUCCAACCCGUUAUUCAUAAGGAUACGAUCCAGCCUCACAUUGUGCAUACUACAGUCCCCAUUCACGAGACUCACCAUGCCAAGGCUAUUCACCACGGCACAACCACACUCCCCGUCAAGACGCUUGAGGAGUUCAACAGGGACAAGCACCACCUUACUGGUACCAACAAGCUCACUGAGUACGACGGGUGCCCCGACAAGCACGACAAGCACUAUGAGAGCACCGAGCACAGCGCUCUUCCUGGACACAACAACGGUCACCACGGCAAGCAUCACCUCGGUCACCAUGAUCACCAAAACGGCGGAAAGACGGCUGCCGCCGGAGCCGCCGGAGCCGCUGCGGGCGGUGCAGCCGUUGCCGCUCACAACCACCACAACAAUGAAACCAGAAACGCUCAGACGACCGGCGGCUUGAACAACCACGGCGUUGGCGCUCACGAGGGCCAUCACGGCCACCACAACACCACCGCUGCCACUGGAGGUGCUGCGGUGGCCGGCGGAUCUGCAGCCGCCACUGACAAGAACCACUACGUCGAUCGGGAUGGUCAUUCUCACGGCCUUGGCAGUCACCCUGUUGAUAGUCGUGAGGGUCACCACGGACACAACAAGUCUACCGCCGCUGCUGGAGCUGCUGCGGCCGGUGGUGCUGCUGUUGCCGCUCAUAAGCAUCACAACAAUGAGCAGCACGGCACUGCUAACACUACUCACGGAGUUAACAGUACUUCUCUGCCCAACCGCGGUGUUGGCAGCCAGGGAAUUGACAACCACCACACUUCUGGUACCACCACAUCAGGACAGACUGCCAACACCGUCGGCAGCAACGGCUUGACAAACAGUACUUCUACCCACAACCAGUCGACGGGCAAGAACGAUUCUAUUAGCACCAAGCAAGGAAUUUUGCACGGUACAUCUCCUACCUCGAGCACUCACAACUACACUACAUCUGGAAACAACGAUGUUGCCAGAAACGGUUCCGUAACCAAGUCUGAGCCUCUCGCGCACUCCUCUACUACCGAUCACCACGAUGGUAGUGCCGAUUCUACAGGAAAGAAGGUUUCGCUUGUUGACAAGUUGAACCCCUUCAAGGAUGCUGAUGGCGAUGGUCACCGUGGUAUUAUGUCUUAA